AUGCCUCCCACUAUUGCCAUUAUCGGUGCCGGGCCUUGUGGCUUGACUCUGGCGCGCCUUUUGGAGUGCAGAGGCGUCGAUUAUGUCGUGUACGAGCGUGACGAAUCCGAUAGCUCUAAUCGCAGAGGAGGGAGCCUUGACAUUCACGCAGAGACAGGACAGCUUGCGUUGAAAGAAGCAGGGCUUUUUUAUGAAUUCAAGAAGCACGCUAGAUACGAGGAUACGUCUUUUACAAUUGCCAACCAACAGGGAGAAAGGGUUUUCCAAACUGGCCAAGGGCGCGAUGCCCCUGAAAUUGAUCGCAUCUUGCUACGCCAAAUUUUGUUAGACUCGAUCCCAAAGGAAAAGGUUCGCUGGAAUCAUGUUCUUAAGAGCGUCACACUGGAGCAAGACGGGCAUCAUAUUCUUCAAUUCACAAACGGAUCUUCAGCUUCUGGAUUCAGGCUCGUGAUUGGUGCAGAUGGCGCAUGGAGCAAAGUGCGAGCUUCGAUUACACCAACAAAGCCACAAUAUUCGGGUAAUCACUACAUAGAGUCGAGAAUAAAUCUCGAAAGUCCUUACUUUCCAACCAUGGUCUCAAAAAUUGGCGCGGGCACUCUCAUGUGCUUGGGAUCGUCGAAAGAAAUCGUCACUCAGCGUCAAGGCAACAGAUCGUACAGAGUUUAUCUUGGUGUUACCGUACCCGAAGAUUUCGUGCGAAGUGGCAUUGUCAAUCUGACGGAUACUGAAUCUACGCGGCGUUUAUUUCUUUCUUCGGAAUUCUUUGGGGAUUGGGCAGAAGAACUCAAAGACCUGAUCCGAUACUCGGAGGACUUUCGCAGCUGGCCCCUUUACUACACGGCUCCACAGACUUUGAGAUGGGAUUCUGUUCCCGGUAUAACAUUGAUGGGGGAUGCUGCUCAUGUCGCCGUCCCAAAUGGUGAAGGUGUCAACUGCGCCAUGGCAGAUGCACUCUCUCUGGCCUCAAAAAUUGCAACAUAUGGUAUAGAGGCCUUGAACCGCGCCGUUGCGGAAUAUGAGGAAGAUAUGUUUCGCCGGGGAGUCGAGCAUAUAAAGGGUGGUCUACAAAUGGCGACCCUGAUACGGCAUGAAAAUGGCCCCGAUGCACUCGUGUCGUUCUUCAAGUCUGCAAUGGAGAAUGCAGCCCAAGCCUCUUCUUAA